AUGGGAAGUAGUAAGGGUCAAGAAACACAUGUCCUAUUGGUAUCACUACCAUUCCAAGGUCACCUCAACCCAAUGCUCAAAUUCGCCAAACACCUCUCGCGACCAAACCUCCGCUUCACUCUCGCCACCACCGAGCAAGCCGGUGACCUCCUCUCCGCCGCCACCACCACCGAUGAAGAACACCGUAGCCCAGUGGACCUCGUUUUCUUCCCCGACGGUCUGUCUAAAGACGACCCAAGAAUCCCGAUUUCUCUCAUAACAUCAUUGAGGAAUGUCGGAGCCAAGAACUUGUCUAAAAUCGUUGAAUCAAAGAGUUUCUCUUGCAUCGUCACUGUGCCGUUUACUGCAUGGGUUCCAGGCGUUGCAGCUGCAUUUAACAUCCCUUGUGCACUCCUCUGGAUCGAAGCUUGUGGAACAUUCUCGGUUUGUUACCGUUACUACAUGAACACAAACGCUUUCCCCGAUCUCGAAGAUCUGAAACAAACAGUGCAAUUACCAGCGUUACCAUUGUUGGAAGUCGGAGAUCUCCCUUCGUUUCUAUUGCCUUCUUCAGGAAGUAAUGUCAAUACCCUAGCGGCAGAAUCCUUUGAUUGCUUGAAAGAUGUGAAAUGGGUUUUGGUUAAUUCGUUUUACGAGCUCGAAUCAGAGAUAAUCGAAUCGAUGUCUGAUUUAAAACCCAUGAUCCCAAUUGGUCCUUUGGUUUCUCCAUUUCUGCUAGGAGAUGGUGAAGAUGAAACCCUAGAUGGAAAAAAUCUGGAUAUGUGGAAAUCGGAUGGUGGUUGUAUGGAGUGGCUUGACAAGCAAGCUAGGUCUUCCGUUGUUUACAUAUCUUUUGGAAGCUUGCUCGAAUCGUCGGAGAAUCAAGUGGAGAGCAUAGCGACGGCUCUGAGAAACAGAGGAGUCUCAUUUCUCUGGGUGAUUAGGCCUAUGGAGAAAGGACAGAACGUCGUCGUUUUGCAGGAGAUGGUGAAGGAAGGUCAGGGUAUUGUGAUUGAGUGGGGUCCACAGGAGAGGAUACUUGGUCACGUGGCGAUCUCUUGUUUCGUCACGCACUGUGGAUGGAACUCGACGAUUGAGACGGUGGCGACUAGUGUUCCGGUGGUGGCGUACCCGAACAAUAUCGAUCAGCCGCUUGACGCAAAAUUGCUUGUGGAUGUGUUCGGAAUCGGAGUGAGGAUGAGAAACGACGCUGUUGACGGCGAGCUUAAGGUCGCAGAGGUUGAGAGAUGCAUUGCAGCCGUGACGGAAGGACCCGCCGCCGCAGAUAUGAGAAAGAGAGCGACGGAGAUGAAGUACGCCGCGAGAUCGGCGUUGGCGCCUGGUGGUUCUUCGGCUCGGAAUCUGGACUCGUUCAUCGGCGAUAUCACAACAAUCACCUGA